AGGUGUGGUUUCAGAACAGACGGGCCAAGUGGAGGCGGCAGGAGAAGCUGGAGGUGACCUCCAUGAAGCUGCAGGACUCGCCCAUCCUCUCCUUCAACCGCUCGCCCCAGGCAACCCCCAUGGGUCCCCUCAGCAGCAACCUGCCCCUGGAGACGUGGCUGAGCCCGCCGGUGCCCAGCAGCACGGCCCUGCAGACCCUGCCCGGCUUCGUGGCCUCGCCGCAGAGCCUGCCCGGCAGCUACACGCCGCCGCCGUUCCUGAACUCUCCGGCAGUGACCCACGCACUGCAGCCCCUGGGGGCCAUGGGGCCACCCCCGCCUUACCAGUGCGGCGCCACCUUUGUGGACAAGUUCCCCUUGGACGAGGCAGACCCGCGCAACACCAGCAUUGCCGCCUUGCGGAUGAAAGCCAAGGAGCACAUCCAGUCCAUUGGCAAACCCUGGCAGACAAUCUGAACUCCCUCCUCAGCGCCUGGGAGGAUCCCGCGGGGAAGGCCGGUCCCGGGAUGACCAUGGGGCACCCUCGCCCUGCUCCGGCUCCCCUGGACGGCCGGGCAUGGCGGGGCUGUCCCUUGCACCAGCCUCUCCCCCACGCCUUGACUUGCUUUGUACUUUGCCGU